GCCCCCGCGCCCCACAGCCUCGCAGCAGCUGAUGGCGCCGCAGCCGAGCCGCGCGCUGCGGAUCCCUGAGCGCAGCUAGCGCCGGGGAAGAGCUCUUCCCGAGACCCAGCGAGGCCCGGGCCCGGCCCGCCGGCUCCUUCGGGUCCGCAGGUGGGGCCCAGGCCUGGGUUGCCAUGGAUACCGUGUCCCUGGAGCAUCAGAUCCAGAGCGUGCAACGCCACAUCAGCUUCCUGAAAAAGGAGCAGAUGGCCCUGCUUCGAGACCUACACCUGGAGAUCCUGAGGCUUCAGAAGCGCUGCUCAGAACUGACCCAUGACCUGGAGAUGAGAGAGGUCCAGUCUCACCAGCAAGAAGAGGCAUCUAGGGAGCUGGAGAACAAGUGCCGCGCGCUAGAGUCCCAACUGGAAGCGCGAGCAGCUGCCAACGCGGAGCUGCGGAGGGAGGUGGCACAGCGGGAAGCGCUGGUGUCAGCACUGCGCUGCAGCCUGCGCUCGGAGGAGCGCCGCUUUCUGGAGGAGCUGCGGCGCCGCAGCCACCGCGCCACCGUGCUGGGUACCGAGCUGCAGAAGCACACGGAGGCGGCCGCCUACCUCUCCUGCCAGCUGCACGCCGCGCGCCAGAGACUGCAGGCCCCGCGCCCCGGCGCCGCUGCCGCCGAGCCCCGGCCCCGCCGACGCGCACAACGGGCCCGCCGCCCUCCGGAGGCGGCUGCCAAGGGGCCGAGCCGGGACUGGGCGACCUGGGACGACUCCGAUCCCAUGCCGGACCCCGCGCUCUUCCUAUACCCGCGGAGGCCACCGCGGCCCAGCGCCCGCGGUCCGCGUCCUCUGCCACGCCAAGAGCUGCGGGACCAAUGCGGCACACACGCCGAGCCCGCUGAGAGCUCGGAUGCCAUGCCCAGCGCCCUGGGGGAUCCUGAGUAGGUGCUGGGCAGGCAUUGGCGACCCGGAAGGCAGGCCCGGCUGGGAGGGAUCAGGGAUGGGGCGGGGUCCAGCCGGAGAUCCGCCCCUACUCCGCCACCCACUAGAGCUGCCCCCGCUUGUGUGUUUCCCCGAGAUGAGCUACCCGCUCUGGAGCGC